AUAGUUUUUUCCCCACUCUUCCACCACAGACCCAUCACCAAAAUCCACCAGUACCACCAGUACACUCACCACCUCCUCCUCCUCCUCCUCCGAGGCUACAGGCUGCUGUACUCUGCUGGAGCCGCAUCCUCCUGCUCCACUCACACAAACUGGAUUUAAAUUCAACACCCGCGUCCGCUUUUACACUUUUUAAAAAAUCUCUUUUUUUGUGUUUGAGUUUGCAGCGGAGAAUUUAAUUUAAUUUGCCUGACAGAGUGUGAAGAUCGUGUUGCUCUAAAAAGCGAAUUAACGGCAGAAACUUUUUUUUAUUCGCUGGCUUUUAUUUGAGAUAUUUUUGGGGGUGUUUUUUUUUUCCUUUGUGUUUUUUGUUUUCGUUUCUCUGGAGUAAUGCAAACAGUAACCAACAUGCACAAGCUGUACAUUGGGAAUCUAAGCGACAGCGUGACUGCUGAGGACUUAGGAAAAACCUUUGACGAACACAAGAUCCCCUACUCCGGACAGUUUCUCAUGAAAACCGGCUAUGCAUUUGUGGACUGUCCGGACGAUCAGUGGGCCAUGAAGGCCAUCGAGACGUUUUCUGGUAAAGUGGAGAUUCAGGGGAAACGUAUCGAGGUCGAGCACUCUGUCCCCAAGAAGCAAAGGACCAGGAAGCUGCAGAUCAGAAACAUUCCUCCUCACCUGCAGUGGGAGGUGCUGGACGGCCUGUUGGCCCAGUGUGGGACCGUAGAAAACUGUGAACAAGUGAACACCGACAGCGAGACGGCCGUGGUGAACGUCACAUAUGCAUCCCGGGAGCACGCCAGACAAGCGAUCCAGAAGCUGAAUGGUUAUCAGUUCGAGAACAACGCCCUGCGAGUCUCCUACAUCCCCGAUGAGAACUCUGAGAUGGAUGGAGGUCAGCGGGGGCCUGAUAACGGCCGGCGCCCCGGAUAUGGGUCUCGAGGCGGACCCCGAGGAGGGUCACCAAACUCCGGGAUGCCUCCCAAACCUCCGCACGCCGACAUCCCUCUGAGACUGUUGGUGCCCACGCAGUACGUGGGAGCCAUCAUCGGGAAGGAGGGCGCCACCAUCAGGAACAUCACCAAACAGACGCAGAGCAAGAUCGACGUCCAUCGUAAGGAGAACGCUGGCGCUGCUGAGAAGCCGAUCAGCAUCCACUCCACCCCCGAGGGCUGCUCGUCCGCCUGCCGCAUGAUCCUCGACAUCAUGCACCAGGAGGCCAAAGACACCAAGACUGCUGAUGAGGUUCCUCUGAAGAUUCUGGCUCACAACAACUUUGUGGGACGUCUGAUCGGAAAGGAGGGACGCAACCUGAAGAAAGUCGAACAGGACACAGACACCAAGAUCACCAUCUCACCCCUGCAGGACCUGACGCUGUACAACCCAGAGAGAACCAUCACUGUGAAAGGAUCCAUUGAGGCGUGCUGUCUGGCCGAGAACGAGGUGAUGAAGAAGGUCAGAGAGGCGUACGAGAACGACAUCGCUGCUAUGAAUCAACAGACUCACCUGAUCCCUGGCUUGAACCUCGGAGCGCUCGGCCUCUUCCCCUCCUCCGCCAACAUGCCCCCACCCCCGCCUGGAAAUGCAUCUUCUGGCGCCCCCUAUGGGUGCUUUGGGGCUCCCGAGCAGGAGACGGUCCACAUUUACAUCCCAGCUCAGGCGGUGGGAGCGAUCAUCGGAAAGAAAGGACAGCACAUCAAACAGCUGAGCCGCUUCGCCGGGGCAUCCAUCAAGAUCGCCCCAGCUGAAACUCCAGACUGCAAGAUGAGGAUGGUGAUUGUGACUGGACCCCCCGAGGCUCAGUUUAAGGCUCAGGGUAGAAUCUACGGCAAGCUGAAGGAGGAGAACUUCUUCGGGCCGAAGGAGGAAGUCAAACUGGAGACUCACAUCAAGAUGGCCGCCACCGCCGCAGGAAGGGUCAUCGGCAAGGGAGGGAAGACGGUGAACGAGCUGCAGAACCUGACAGCAGCCGAGGUGGUCGUCCCCCGAGAGCAGACACCCGAUGAGAACGACCAGGUCAUCGUCAAGAUCAACGGACAUUUCUACGCCAGCCAGUUGGCUCAGAGGAAGAUCCGGGACAUCCUGACCCAGGUCAAACACCCACAGAAAGGCGGCAUGUGCGGCCCGAGCCCCAACCCCGGGGGCUUCACAGAGAUGGGCAGCCCCACGCAGGGACUCAGUCAGGAGCACCAGCCUCGCAGGAAGUGAGGGUCCCCGCCCCCUCUGAACACGCCAAGGGGCACGACGGACAGACAUACAAAUGCACGGACGGAUAGACCAACGGACGGACGGAUACAAGAGAGCGACACACGGACCCAGCGGUAGACAGGGAGAGAUAUAAAAGAGGGAAGGAGUACGCCCGAUCGGCGUUUAGAGAAGAAGAUUAAAAUCAAAAAGAUGAAAUGAAUUUAAAAAAAAAAGAGGAUUAAGAUAAAAAAGAGAACAGACACCAGACGCCAGGCCAGAAGAGAGACUGAAUGAGGAUGGAGGGAUGAAGGAAAGGAGGGAAGGAGAGAGGGAGGGGCAUGUCCUCUGAGUGUGAGUCAGCUCUGCACCCGACAGGUGUAAACAACGCAGUCUGUUGUUCACACCUGUCCACACAGGAGCCUGUUUGUCCCUCUGUCGCCCCCUACAGACCUCUCCAGCCAUCUGCACUCAGUCCUAUAUUUUAAGGGUGGUUUUUUAAACAUAGAGAUAUAUGUAUAGAAAUGUUUUAUUCAGAGCUAUUAUUGAUAGAAAUGCAGUGAGGUGGAGCCGGGAGAGGGAGCAGGGAAACUGCUGCAGCGGCUCAGGGGGGAAAGGUCAUUGGUCUGGCAUUAAGCCCCGCCGACACCUGACCCCCCUGGCCAAUGAAAGUCUAGAAGAGGGGCCGCAGAUGUUAACACUGCUCUUUAAAGCUCUCUCCGAGUAGCGGAGAGAUUUAAUAAAAAUAAAAAAAAAGAAUAAAGGAGAAAUAUGAGGUUGUAAAUAUAAUCUUCAUGUAAAGUUAAGAAUGCUGCGUCUGGCCGCCUUGCCUUUUUAAUGAAGGGGUCUUCAGGUGACCUCACAGCCCCUGUUCUAUGAUACGUAGUAUAAUGUAGCCUACAGCGAGGCGGGGGCUGCAGAGGCACUGAGCGGCCCCUUUACGUUUAGCCGUGUGGCGGAAGACGCAGCAAGAGACAGUCAGAGGGGCGUGGUCGCAGCUGGUCCUGCAGUUCUAAUGCAGCGACUCAGCUAACGUGAGAGAAACCUUUACAAACAACUGUAACUGCCGGCAGCUAUGCUAGCUGGCUAGCGACCCGCACCUUAAAUGGCAUAUUUUAUAUAUAUUAUAUAUAUAUGAUAUGUGAGUUAGCCCGGCCCCUCGGGUGAAUGUAUUGAAGGCAGCGAGUCAGGUGUGAGGUUUUUGCUGCACCUGUACGAUGAGUCCUGCAAUGACAGACAGACAAGGCGUGUCUGUGGUGUUCUGCUCAUUGCCUUCUCUCAGCGCCGACCCUCAUGGCCAGUCUCCUCAGAGGAGCUGAGGUCAUCACCUGUGCACUAACGACCGUCUUUGUUCCAGCGGACAAACACGGUGUCUGAUGCUCGGGUUUUGAAUAAAAUGAUGCGCAGACUGGCCGGGUCGAGCACGAGAACCAAAAAAAAAACAAAGCAAAGUCUUCCAAAGCUCCUCGCCUUGAGCUCGGCGAAGGUAAAAUCAGACCGAAGGGGAGUGGCUUCCUCGUUCUCUCUCCCAAUCUGCCAAAGGCCUGUGGGCGGAGCCUCCAGACCCUGCCUGCGUAUGAUAAUGAGGGGCGGGGUCUUUGCCUGGACGCUCUCGCCAAGAUUAGAACAGAUUAGAGAAGAAAUGAAAAAGAAAAAAACCUACCUCAGGGUAAAGUUACCUCAGUAUUCCUAACUUUCUUUUGCUUGCUGGUGUUUUAUAUGAGAAGAAAAAAGAAAAGAAGAGCUGAUAGUCCUGAAUAUUU